UAGGCUGUUCAUGUUUCUUCUUCUUUUAUCCUUCACCAGGCUUAUUCUGUUAAAAUCGAAAAUUCAGUCAUUCCAUUUUAUUGGCUGUUCAUGUUUUAUCCUCUCCUUCAACUUCUUCUUAUUUUAUCAUCACCAGGCUUCGACUUCUAGAAUUAUUCAUCUAUACUGAUCCCGAUUAAGGUGCCUGUGGCUAAGAGUUUAGAUUUCAGAGCAUUCGAGAGAUGGCUGUUGCUGCUUACGCAUUGCUGGUUUCUCUUACUCAUGUCCUCGACGACGUCCACUACCGGGCUCAGCUUCGUCGCCUUCAUGUGGAUAUAAAACGGAUUGAAUCUCUCCAGGAAGGGGUCAAUUUCUUGUUAGAAUUUCUUGAAGUUAAUCACAGAAGUAAAAGCAAAAAGGUUGGAAAUCUUUGGAGGCAAAUAUCUGAAGUUAGUUUGGAGGUCGAAGAAAUUUUUGACUUCCAUGUUGUGAGUCAACUUCAGAAGGAUUCCCAGGAAGAAAGUAGUGAUAUGGGCGCAGGAUCAUUUAAUGAAGAUUUGGACACUAUGAUCCAAAAGAUUAACAAUAUCAAGAGUGAGCUAUCGACGGUUGAGGAGGUUGUGGAGGAUAUUCCGGUUGGAAAACAAACCAGAGCUUCUGUUCCUGCUGGUGGCACUUCAACUGCUGUGUCCUCGGUUGGAAAGAAUGCUAUAGUGGGACUUGAGGAACACGUGAUCAAGAUUAAGGGUGAGCUAGCUAGAUAUGAUGGCAAUCUCCAAAUCAUCCCAAUUGUCGGCAUGGGGGGUAUUGGAAAAACAACUCUUGCCAAAAAAGUUUACGAAGAUAAAUAUGCUGUCGACCGCUUUGAUGUGCGCAUUUGGAUUACAAUUUCCCAAGAGUAUAGUGUCAAUGAGAUCCUCCAAGGUCUUAUAAACGAUGGAAAAGUUGAAAGACAUUGUGGAAAUUCAGAUGGACCUGGGGAGGUGUUGCGUAAGAAGCUAUACGGCAGAAGAUACUUAAUUGUUAUGGAUGACAUAUGGACUGUUCAAGCUUGGGAUGAUUUAAGGAGGUUCUUUCCAGAUAACGGGAAUGGAAGUCGAAUUAUUGUGACCACUAGGCUAUCACAAGUGGCUGAUUCAUUAGGCUCUCACGACCCCUAUCCAAUGAUAUUUCUAGAUCCAAAUACAAGUUGGAGUUUAUUUUGUCAAACCGUAUUUGCAGAAGAAGAUUGUCCACAUCAAGAGUUGGAGCAAAGUGGAAGGAAGAUUGUCAAGAAUUGCAGAGGGCUUCCUUUACAAAUUGCUGUUAUAGGAGGACUACUUGCAAAGUCUGGCAUGACGACAGAAUAUUGGGAAUCAGUUGCUGAAAAUGUGAGUGCCUUUGGCAAUGCAAGUGAUGGCGAGCAUUGCCUGAAUAUAUUACUUUUGAGUUAUAAUAAUCUGCCUAUAUAUCUCAAGCCAUGUUUCCUCUACAUGAGAUCUUUCCGCGAAGAUGCUAAAAUUGAUGUCUCCUAUCUAAUCCGAGUUUGGGUUGAUCAAGGUUUCAUAACAAUAAAAGAAGAUAAAAGUUUGGAAGAACUUGCAAAGGAAUAUGUGAAUGAUCUUCUCGAUAGAAAUCUACUUUUUGUGCGUGACCGAGAUCUUGGCACUGAGGAAAUUCUAUCAUGCGGCAUCCAUGAUCUUCUACGAGACCUAUGCAUUAGUGAGUCUAAAAAAGAGAACUUUUUGUGUACUCCAAGAGAACAAGAGAUCAGACCACAAUCUGAGGAAAGAGUGUGUUUCCUAUGUAGCGUUUCAGUGACAGAAACGAGAAAUUUCCUUGCACUUGACGUCAUUCCUCCAUCAGCUUGGCAUUGUAAUCCUCCUGUUUGUGGUCAUUGUAAAGUGACUUAUUCGCAUAUAAAGGGACUUCGAUUCGUCAAGGUCAUGGAUAAAGAUGGUGUAGCUCAUGAUUCACUUGUGCAGCACACUAAAUUAUGCUACGUCUCUGUUUCCAUGCAUAACCCUCCAAAGUUUAUAUCUCCUUCGACGCUACAUUUGCUAUGGAACCUUCAGAGUCUGAUAUUUAAGGAGUCAGAGAUGGUAGUUUUACCAUCUGAAAUCUGGGAGCUGCCGCAACUUAGAGUUAUUGAAUGCAAAUGUGUGGUGUUUCCGAAGCCUCCUCAUGCUCAUGUCAAAGAGAAAGAUUGCUUUGUUCUGAGGAAUCUACAACACCUUACCUGGGCAAGAAAUUUUGAGCUCACUGGUGAGAUUCUCAAUGGAGUCCCUAAUUUGAAGGAACUACAAAUAAAGUAUGAUAAGCGUAUGAGAGAGUCGGAUACUUGUUUGUGUAAUCUUGCCAGAUUACAGAAACUUGAAACUCUAUCAGUCAAAAAUACACUGCAGAACAUUGGCUUUCCAAAUUCACUCAAAUUGUUGGCUCUGAUGAGAUGCAGAAUUCCUUGGAGUGGUAUGUCAAUGGUUGGUUCGUUACCCAAUCUCGAAUUUCUCGGGUUGUUUAAUACUGCAGAAGGCUCUGAGUGGAAUCCAGCUGAAGGGGAAUUUCUUCGAUUAAGAUUAUUGGCGAUUGUUGGUAGUGAUUUAGUACAUUGGGGAGCUGAUCAAGACCACUAUCCUGUGCUUGAGAAUCUUUUACUGUUGAACUUACCUUCAUUGGAAGAAAUCCCGUCAGGUGUUGGAGAUAUAGCAACACUGCAUAAAAUUGUUUUGCGAAAUUGCAGUAAGUCUGCUGUGGAUUCAGCAUGCCUAAUACUUGAGGAACAACGGAGCGUGGGAAAUGAUAUCCUUGAGAUUGAUGUCUCUGAUAAUUCUGACUAUGAAGUCGAAGACUUUGAUGAAGAUGAAGAUGAAGAUUAAGGUGAUGAAGAUGGUGGCUUUAAUUUCGGAAUAAGAAUUCAAGUUGAAGGAAGAUUUCCAGAAGUGAUUCAGUAAUAAUAUGCAGUGCGGAGAAAUGUUGGAAUGUAACAAUAGUGAUAAAUAUUUUUCCUCUUCUUAUUUUGGUUGUUGGCACUUUAUCUUUACCCAGUGUUUACUUUCGGUUAGCAGUUGUGGAUUACAACCUUAUAAAAAUAAAUAAAUAAAAAGACAUUAUUGUAAUAUGUGUGGAUGAUUUAUUCAAUGUCUAUGUUG